AUGAACAAGACCAAGGGAGCUUUUGAGAACCCAGAGCUCUGGAGCCCAGGUGGCACACGGGGCACCUCCUUGACCAGCGUGGCACCACCAUUUGCAUUUGGCCAAUGGGCCACGGACAAAGCCCUGAAUGCGAUCCUUAUUGUGGUCCUCUUCGUCACCAUGGUGUCUCUGGGGUGUACGAUGGAGAUAGCCAAGAUCACAACUCACCUCAGGAAACCCAAAGGCAUGGCAAUUGCCAUAAUGGCUCAGUAUGGCAUCAUGCCCUUGACGGCAUUCAUAUUGGGCAAGCUCUUCCAGCUGGGCACUACAGAAUCCCUGGCCAUCCUUAUCUGCGGCUGCUGCCCAGGGGGAAACGUCUCCAACAUCUUUAGUCUGGCACUGAAAGGGGACAUGAACCUCAGCAUUGUAAUGACCACAUGCUCAACGGUCCUGGCAAUUGGACUAGUGCCUCUGCUUCUGUACCUUUACUCGGGAGGACUAUACGAGGGUGAUUUGGAGGGCAAGGUACCUUACAAAGGAAUAACCUCCUCUCUGGUGCUAAUGCUAAUCCCCUGUGCCAUUGGCAUCAUCUUGAAUGAGAAGAAACCACAGUACACUGGCUUUAUCAUCAAGGCAGGGAUGGUUGUGCUUCUACUGUCAUCUGCUGCAAUAAUCGUUCUGUCUGUGGCCAAUGUGGGAAGCGGUAUCAUGAUCAUCUUCUCACCAUCCCUCCUGGGAUCUUCUGCCUUGAUGCCUUUUGUUGGAUUCCUGCUGGGCUAUGUUCUCUCUGCAGUCUUCAAGCUUAAUGACCGAUGCAGGCGGACAGUGUGCAUGGAAACUGGCUGCCAAAAUGUACAGCUUUGCUCAACUAUCCUCAAGGUCACCUUCGCCCCAGAAAUCAUUGGCCCCCUGUACUUCUUCCCACUGCUCUACUUGCUGUUCCAGCUUGGAGAGGGACUUCUGCUCAUCCUGGUCUUUAGGAUCCAUGACAGAAUAAAGAAACCAAGUGAUGCAGCAAAAAUUAUCUGUGCAGGUGUGGACACAGUUAGUGCUCAAGAAAUGAAACCACUGUCAACACCCUGCAGAAACAGUGGGAAACCAGGAAAACAAUACAGACAGACUCUGCAGCCACCGCUAUCACAACCCCCUCAAAUGCCACCACCUUCUGCAGCCGGCUUACAGGUCUCCAGCAGUUCCAUAUAA